CUCUUUGUGUAAUCAUGCCAUACAAGCCUUGGGAGACUCACCUCUUCGACCGCGAACUACGAUCCGGCGUCAUCGUGUUUUCCUGUUUAUGCAACAGACUUCGUCUCAUCAAGAUGGUACAAGACAUCAGUUUCUGAUCCGGAAAAAAAGCAUCCAGAUAUCGGCGAGGGAUCGUCUUCAAUUACUUCCCAUCCUCAUUGCUGAACAACUGAUAGGCUCACUCCCCAUCCUCUUUUUUCUGUCCGUCCUUAUUUGCGGUCCCCCUACUCUGCUGGACGGCUGUAAACAGAAUACACCUAAAGUUUUUAGUUCUAAAAGUUGGAGUAUUCUUUGUCUACUUUCAUUGUUGCUACUCCUCUCCGUGUCGUUUUUCAAUGACAUGGGCCGUCCAGUACCAGCUAUACAGGAGCAAAUCCGGAUGUUACAUAUGCACUGCACGGUUGCUGUAGCCGGCUCCAUAUGAUACCAUGCGAGGCUCAGUACUUGUCCUUCGUGCAUUCAAGAGACCAUAGGCCCCGGUGAGCCUGGUGGCCAGGUGUAAUGACGUCCCAUUGUACGGAUCCAAUGAGCACAAAA